UUUGCUAGGAAGUGGUUGGGCUCACCAUCUACAAGUUUUCCGGGCCUACGUCACAAUCAGUUGGCAAACCUUCGUUUCACUCUUUAUAGAAAUGUUACUCAUGGUCACUGGAAAGACCUUUUUGAAACUGAAUAUUCUGGAAAUUUAAAGAUUACCGCAUUGGUUAAAAAUAUCAUCAAGCAAUUGUUCAACUAUAUUGGCAAUAAAACGUAGCUACAUGUUUAUCAAUGUUAAUUUAGGAGUUGAUAAUGCAAAGAGGAAGGAAAAUUAAUAAGCUGAAUCAAAGCUUUCCUCGACGAAAUUUUCGUUACAAACAUGGAAUAUAAAAAUUCUUAAAGAAAGUACUCUCAAAAUUUUGGUGGAUUGUUCUCUCACUUAAUACGACAAUACAGAUAAUAAAUCACAGUAAAGCUAGAUUAAUGGUAUCUCUUCCUCAAAAUUGUUUUUUUUUUAAAAAUUCGUGGACCGCCAUGGCUGACCAUUGGAAACGAUCGGCAAUAUUAACGAAUUUGAUCAUUGGCAAUAUAAUCGGUUGUCCAGCCAUAUCUGCGAAACGUGGCCAGUCCAAACUUGCAAUGAAACGAUUUUAGUUUAGCGCAUUAAAUCAUCCUGGCAAAGGGAUUUAGAACGGGUGACGUAAACCUCACAGGACCUAUGAUAAACGCAUGGCCGAAUUUAGAUCCUUUUGGUCAAUUACCGUAGCAUGCAAAUCGUGGUACACUGGUAAUGACGCUUUUCAUGAGCUGGAGAAACGCUUUUAAUGAGAUAAUUUUCGUGCAGUUUCGAGUUUCUUUUAAUAACGGGCCGCUGUGUGGUAUUCGUCAUAGCUGUCGCAGCGUGGUCGAGGGUAUUGGUACGUAAUUAUGGUUUUGCAUUCAUUGGAAAAUGGUUUUACUUUGCUCAUUAACGAAGGCAGUGGUUACGAUGGCAUAUUCGCAUUGGAUGAAAAUACAAAGAAUGUAAUCAAAUAUCUCCUGAAGUUAUAACUGCGCAAUUAAUGGCCGAAAUUGGAUGAUUCGCGUCGUUGUUAUAUUUAUUGUUUGAUUUGCAACGAGGAAAAGUCUGAUGGCAAUUGAAACUCGUAUUACAUCGCCUGUAAUUAGGGAAUCUGGCUUUAGAUCAAGCAUCGAAAAAACUCUCAUGAUUGAGGUAUGUCUGCAGAGCGGAAUUUAAUUGGAGAUUUUUGCAAAGUUUGAAAAGAAACGGCAGUUGACAAAAACGCCUGAUUGGAAGUGGAAAGAGGAAGAUCUGCUCGAUUUGACAAAAUUUGAGUGUUUACAAACUUGCAGGCUGAGAUAUGCCUUCACUGGGUGACUAUGGACCACAACCAACUAAUGUGACAAGGGUUGGCGAAGACAACAGAAAAGAAAACAGGGAUGAUGAUGUCAGACUAUACAUUUUGAUAGUGGUCGGGGCCUCGGUUUUCCUUCUCCUCAUACCGUUGUUCAGCUAUAUGGUGCGAUGGAGCAAAAGGAAGCUGCGAAGGAGAAAGAGAAGAAAGCAGGCCGAAAAGGCUCAUGCUAGAGUAAUGGCAGAAAAAGAAAUAAUUCAGCAACGUAUGUACGAAUCACAACUGGCAAAGCGACAGACAACCAAGCCUGCUCCCCUGCAACUAGACGCCACCACAGCGGACUUGGAAGUGCCACCCAGGAGUCCGAUACCACAAGAUGAAAACGUGAAGGUGCAAGUUACACCAACUGUCGUAUCCGCUCCAGUCCCUUUGGCACAAGAGAAUGGGACUGUAGAGGUACAGAAGGCAGCAUGUGAGACCAGCUCGAACGGAACAAAGAUGGUCAACGGCUUGACGAACAAGGGCUACCAAGGGAGCAACAGCAUUCUGUCAAUACCAAUGCGAAAGUCGACAUCAGAUCUGUACUUGCCGCAGACGAGUAUAAAGGAACACAACGCAAAAAGGCGAUUUUCAGAAGACUGGAUUGGAAAUCGUGAUAACGCCUUGAGGAAAGAGAAAGCUGUUAAAGAAAUGCUGCAGCAGGAUGUUGAUUCCAAAGAAAAGGAGAGUACCGAUCAAGAGAUACCUGAAAACGACACUUCGUCCACGCCAACAUUGGCCGAAACAAAGUGCAAUGGACUUUUGGACAGUUCAUCACCUGACCAAGUAAAAUCAUUGAAUGGGAUUAAAGAAAAGGGCAACGAUAGCGACAGCGACGACUACGAUGACAUUUGCGACGACAUUUACGAGAAUGUGAAGGGCAACGAAACUGAUGAUGACGGUCCGAUUUACGAUAACGUUAAAGGAAUCGACGAAAGCGAUUCGGAUCAUAUCUACAGCAACGUGGAUGAACUCUCGGAUAACGGUAGCCAUAUAUACACGAACGUUGACGAAUCAAUGCUUGAAGGCGACGCAAAAGAAUCUGGCGAAAACGAUAGCGGAGAUGAUGAUUACGAGAACAUAAACUUCGCUUAUCGCAACAACCGAAGAGUUAUUAACGGCAGCGAAGAGGACGAGAGCGACACUAGCAGCGUGUCGUAUGAGAAUGUAUGGGAUAGUGAUGACAGUGACAUAGAACAAUCUAAAGUUGAGGAAAAAUCGCAAAGCCCUUCGAAAGUGCUUCCCCCUCUCGUUCCCCGUAGAAUACCCCUAGGGUCAUGAAGCUAAUCGCAAGAAAAAUUUAAGGAAGAUUGACAACACAUUAUACUGAUUGUAACAGAGAGUUAAUACUUGACAACAACAAAUUAUACUGUAUUCCUCAAGAAAAGGCCCAUGCACUAAUACGCGGGACAUAUAAUAUGGCAUGCAGGUAAUUCAUGAAUGCGUGGCUUGUUUGACGCAUCUACUUGUCUGUUUGCCAAAGAAAAAAUAAUAGUAAAGAUUAUAUGAAUCAACGAGAAAUUAAGUUUUAAUGAAAAAAUUCACUCUGGAAAGAUACAAUAGAAAACAAAUGAUAGCAAAGGGCAGAAAUAAAGAAGAUUUCAUGGAAUUCGAUGUUGUCACACUUUCAGGAUUACAGACUUGCAUAACUACUUCUUUAGGUAAUCCUUUGAGGAUUUAAAAGAAACAAAAAUUGGAUAGUAAUUUUAUAAAUUAUUCCAUGUUUUCAAAGUAAUCUGCACAUCGUUAAUGACUGCAUUUGAAAACAGAGAGGCUAGUUUUGCCUAAUAACGUAUCAAAGUUUUUUGUAAUUUUUGUAAGCAAAAAUUGUAUACUAUUCCGGUGUCGUAAAUUGUUAAAGACUGGCAAUGUCUAUUUUGAUCCU